AUGCCGCAGUCAGACCAUGAGUACCCCGUCGGUAUUCGCAUAAGCGUAAAAGCUCUUGCAGCUUAUGGCUCCCGAGACUUCAUGGCGCCAGUGAUUUUCAUCGUUCCUGGUUUGUGGGAAGGCCCCGCAGCCUUUCAACCGCUCAAGGAAAAGCUCGAGAAUGCCGGCUUAUCUGUUUAUACCACGCGGCUUAUUAGCACUGGCACAACAGCCGCUGACGGCCUCACAGUAAAAGAUGACACCACUGCUAUUUCCCGAGACCUUGCUGCUACCGUCGAGAUGGCUGGGUCGGAUGGUGUUGUUGUCUUCCUGCAUUCUGCAGGUGGUUUUCUUUGUAGUGCGGCUAUGCGAGACCUUACAGCCACCUCAAUGCAUGCUGCUGGCAAGAAGGGUGGGGUCAAACGCAUUAUUUUCAUGUCAUGUGCUUUUGGGUCGGAAGGAUUUGAGACGAAACCAACAUCAACAAUGCAAUUCUUCAACAAUAGCUACUUCACGUGUGUUGACCCUCGAAAUCUUCUUUUCAACGAUAUGGCCGAUUCAGAGGCUACAGAAUGGAUCACUAAGCUGCAGUGCCAGCCAGCUAAGUGGGACGGAGUUACAACAUACUGCGGGUGGCGCGAUGUUCCUAGUCUUUAUAUUAUUCUCGAGAAAGACAAGGGAAUCUUGCCUGAGGUCCAGGAGCAGAUGGCGAAAUUAGCUGUCAGCAAGAUUGUCCGUUUAGAUGCAGGACAUAUGGCCCAGCUGACGAAGACAAACGAAGUUGCCCAAAUUAUUAUAGGGGUCACAACAGAAUUACAGUAG